AAGACCAUCAAAUGGAUUGUCACAAUGCUCGGAUAAUGCAGGACACAGAGCAGGAUGACAACAAUAACAAUGAAUAUGGCAAUUAUGAUGAGCUGGUGGCCAAGUCCUUGCUAAACCUCGGCAAAAUUGCUGAGGAGGCAGCCUACAGGGCCAGGACUGAGUCGGAAAUGAACAACAAUACCUCCAACAGCCUGGAAGACGACAGUGACAAAAAUGAAAACUUGGAUCAGAAAAGCGAGCUCAGUUUAGACUUAGACAGCAACGUGGUCAGAGAAACAGUGGACUCCCUUAAGCUGCUAGCACAAGGACACAGCGUCGUGCUCUCAGACAACAUCAACGACAGAAACUACACAGAGCGUAUGUCACAGCAGGACAGUCGGAGCGUGAACUAUGUCAUGUUGGGGAAGCCUCUGAACAACGGGCUCGUGGAGAAAAGGGUGGAGGAGAGCGAUGAGGAGGUGUGCCUGAGCAGCCUGGAGUGUCUGAGGAACCAGUGCUUCGACCUGGCCAGGAAGCUCAGGGAGACCACCCCACAGGAGCGGAACCCCCAGCAGACCCUGAGAGGGCGCCAGCACGCCAGACCAGAGGACGACUUCCUGGGCAGGACACCGGACAGGAACUACUCAGACAUGAUGAACCUCAUGAGGCUGGAAGAGCAGCUGAGUACCCAGCCCAGAACGUUUUCUAGUUGUGCAAAGGAGGACGGGUGUCACGAGCGAGAUGACAAAACUACCUCCGUCAACUCGAACAGGUCCGAAGAGGUGUUUGACAUGACCAAGGGGAACCUGACUCUUCUCGAGAAAGCCAUCACCCUGGAAACGGAAAGAGCAAAGACCAUGCAGGAGAAGAUGGCCAUGGAAGCGGGGAGGAGGGACAAUAUGAGAUCCUAUGAGGACCAGUCUCCAAGGCAGCUUCCCGGGGAGGACAGGAAGCCCAAGUCCGGCGACAGUCAUGUCAAAAAGCCAUACUAUGGUAAAG